UGGGUUUUAAGGUCAAUGGUAAGGAAAAAACGAAUAAAAGAAAGGAAAGCAAACCUAACCACGGCAGCCUCAUCAUCGAUUCCGUACGCAACAUUCAACCAUCCUUAUUCUGCCUUUGCUUUUUACUCACAACAUUGUGGAACUCCGAUCCCGGCCAAAAGCUUUUUACGCCACCUCACCUCCGCCGUCUCCACCACCCAUUCCGAUUCACAAAACAAUUUCGUGAAGUUUCAUUGUUGGAGAGAGGUUUGGUUGCAAUUUGAGAGUAAAUAUACUGAGAUGGAUUCUGAGGAUGACUUCACAUUUUGUCAGGUGGGUUUACCUGAAAGGAAUGAUAAAGAGGCAAAGGAUCUUGCAUCAGAUAUAGGUCAUAUUACCUUAAGAGAUGAAUUGGCAAAUGGCACCACUAGUAGGACCCGCGUUGUUUGGAAUGAUAAAUUGUCGAAUGAUAUCACUUCCAGAAAGCAGGCAACAGUUGGUUCCUUGGAUUUCAACGUGCUUGAUAUGUCUUAUUCAAAACAAUCUAGUACGUUGUCAACAGAAGAGGUGCCGAAAGAUGCUGGAAAGGUUGUGAAGAAUUCAGGAAAACAGGGGAUUGCUGUGCGUAAACCUGCAGCCCGAAAAAAGGUUCCUUUUGAGAAGGGGUAUAGUCAAAUGGAUUGGCUUAAGCUUACUCAGACCCAUCCUGAUCUUGCAGGAUUGAAAGGCCAGUCAAAUAAAAGGCUUAUCCCUAUGAGUGAAGUUAAAGAACAUCGGACUGAGGGCUCCAUGUGGACCGUUCUGAAAGGUCACGUGUAUAAUAUAUCUCCUUAUAUGAAGUUUCACCCUGGAGGUGCUGAUAUACUUAUGAAGGCAGUGGGAAAAGAUUGUACAUCUUUAUUCAAUAAAUAUCACGCUUGGGUGAAUGCUGAAUUUUUGCUGGAGAAGUGUCUUGUUGGCACUUUGGAUGAUAGUCAUUGAUAGUUUGUUGACAUGUAGCAUUCGACGAUCGUGUCUUGAUGGUGAUAGUCAUUGCUAGUUUGUUGACAUGUAGCCUUCGACGAUCAUGUAUUGAUGGUGUAUUGUAUUUGCCAAAAGAAUAAAUAAUUUGGUAUAUCAUAAUGGGUUUAGAGCUCACUUACCUAAAGAAGAGAACACAAUACUAUGUACCUGAAUUUCUAUUCUCAAUUUAACUUCCAAGAUAUAUUCGUUAUUCUUCUUUUA